AUGUCCUCCCAUUCUAACCGCGCAUGCGCGGCUCUGGGAGCGCGCAGCAUGGCGAUCGGAGGUGGGCGGAUCACCGAUCAAUGGAAAGAGCCGAAGAUGUCGGCUCAGUCAUGUGAUCAGCUGUGUCCAAUCACAGCUGAUCACAUCAGUGCUACCUGUCAGUGUCCAUCAGUGCCAGCUGUCAGUGCUCAUCCAUGCCACCUGCCAGUGCCCAUCAGUGCCACAUUUUAGUGCCUACCAGUGCACAUCAAUGCCACAUAUCAGUGCCCAUCUGGGCUGCCUUUCAGUGUCACCCAUCAGUGCCAGUCAGUGCCACCUAUCAAUGCCAGUCAGUGUCACCUAUCAGUGCUGCCAAUCAGUGCCAGUCAGUGCCGCCUAUCAGUGUGCAUCAGUGUCGCCUAUCAG